AUGAGCAACCCGUAUCAGAAUUCCCAUAAUGGUUAUCAACAAAACAACUCAUAUGAGUUGAACAGUUAUCCUAAUAAACAAUAUUCUUCAUCUAAUGAAGAUGACUUUGUUCAAUUUAUGAAUGAGAUCCAAGACAUAAAUUCACAAUUAGAUAAUUAUUCCAAUAUAAUCAAUCUUAUUGACAACAAACAGAAAAACUUUUUACAUGGGUUGGAUUUGAAUGAUGAAGAUACUGAAUAUGACUCAAAACAAAUUGAAAAUUUGGUCAAUGAAGCCCAGUCUUUGCAAUUAGACUUGAAAAAUAGAAUCAAAAAUGUGCAAACUCAAGCCGUUCAUUCCAGAGACCAAACCAAAGUUGAUCAAGCUGAAACUUGUAGAAAGAGAUUUUUAGAUUUAAUUCAAGAUUAUAGAUUGGUUGAAGCCAGAAACAAAGAAAGUACUAAAGAGCAAGCUGCCAGACAAUAUCAAAUAAUAAAGCCAGAUGCUACUGAUGAAGAAAUCAAAGCAGUAGUAGAAGAUGGCUCUCAACAAUACUUUCAACAAGCAUUAAUGCAAUCGAAUAGAAGAGGUGAAGCCCGUUCAGUAUUAAACGAAGUCCAAGUUAGACAUCGUGAAUUAUUGAAAUUAGAAAAAACAAUGGCUGAAUUGACCCAAUUAUUCCAUGAUAUGGAAGAAUUAGUUAUUGAACAAGAUCAACCAAUCCAACAAAUUGAGGAACAAGUCGGAGCUGCUCAACACGACAUUGAACAAGGGGUCGGUCAUACCAAUAAGGCAGUGAAAAGUGCCAAAUCUGCCAGAAAGAAGAAAUUAUGGUGUUUUUUCAUUUGUCUUAUUAUCGUUAUCAUUUUAGCUGUCAUUUUGGGUGCAUACUUUGGUACAAGAAAUUGA